UGGAAGCAGUUAGCAAUAGUAUGUAGUAGCCGACUCCCAUAGACGGAGCGGCAAGUUUUCAAUAGCUGAUUUGCAAGAAAAAAAGGUUCAGCCAACGGCAGCACAGAUCGCCCGAUACGACCAUCCAAUGGCAGCAGCUGUGGAAAUUUCACCAGUUUUAGAGAUUUUAGUUCGAGAACCAGAUGGAUAUUCUAUCUGGAAUGGACCUCCAUUCAAGAAUAAUAAUCAACCUGGGAUUAAGCUUGAAAAAGUUCCUUGCAAUAAUGCUAAGUAUAGUGAGGAUGGUUCAAGGAUUAUGGUGACAAAAACAGACUCUGCUAUUGGUAUCUAUGAUUCCAACACUUUGAAAGAGAUAAGGUGUUUUCAAAUCCCGAAUGUAGUCGCUUCGGCUUUGUCCCCGUGUGGGGCUUAUCUUCAAACCUUUCAGAAAUCUACUACGCCGCAGGAAAAGAAUGUGGUCUUAUGGAGCAUAGAGACCGGGGAUCCUGUUUACGAGCAGUUCCAGAAAAACAUGACAAAAGCUACAUGGCCAUUAAUCCGAUUCAGCUCUGAUGAAGCUGUUGCAUGCCGGCUUGCUACAAAUGAAAUACAGUUUUUCGAUGCUGCUGAUUUCUCUAAAGGAAUUUCACAUCGGCUAAGAGUUCCUGGGGUGGCUGCAGUGGAGCUUUCCAGAGCUCCUGGGUCCCAUGUGGCAGCAUUUGUUCCAGAAUCAAAGGGGAGUCCAGCUAGUGUCCAGAUAUAUGCGUGUGCGAAAGAGUUGCAGAGCCAACCUCUAGCUCGACGAAGCUUUUUUCGAUGUUCUACUGUGCAGUUACAUUGGAACCAUGGUUCAACAGGACUUCUAGUUGUGGUUCAAUCUGAUGUUGAUAAGACUAACCAGAGCUAUUACGGAGAGUCGAAGCUGCACUACCUUACAACUGAUGGAGCCUUUGAAGGACUUGUUCCCCUUCGUAAGGAGGGGCCUAUUCAUGAUGUUCAAUGGUCAUAUUCCGGGAAAGAGUUUGCUGUUGUUUAUGGAUUUAUGCCUGCCAGUGCAACAGUAUUUGACAAGAAGUGCAAACCAGUACAUGAGCUAGGAUCUGGUCCUUACAAUACCGUUCGAUGGAAUCCGAAGGGGAAAUUACUGUGUUUGGCCGGUUUCGGUAACUUGCCUGGCGAUAUGGCAUUCUGGGAUAUUAUAGACAAAAAGCAGCUUGGAACAACUAGGGCUGAAUGCUCGGUAACAAGUGAGUGGUCUGCGGAUGGAUGCUAUUUCAUGACUGCUACAACAGCUCCCAGACUCCAAGUCGACAAUUGUGUUAAAAUUUUUAGCUACAAUGGAUCGUUGCUCUUCAAGAAGAUGUUUAACAAGUUGUUCCAGGCUGAUUGGAAGCCGGAGUCACCAGAUAAGUUCGGUGAAAUUGCUGAACUUAUAAAGUCCGUUGGUUCUGUGAAGAUUGAAGAAACCAAAUCACUAGGACAAGGGUCAACCACCAAAAAGCCUGCAUCGGCUAACCCUCCCGCACAGAAGCCUGCUGCUUAUCGUCCUCCGCAUGCUAAGAAUGCAGCGGCAGUUCAGGCAGAGUUGUUUGGAGGGAGUUCUACAGGAGAAAUGAGCAAGAAUGCACUCAAAAACAAGAAGAAGAGGGAGAAACAGAAGGAGAAAAAGGCCGCCGAGGCGGCAGCGGCAUCUGGUGCUACAUGAAAAAAUUGCAGUUUUAGCCUAAUUACCAAUCAAACUAUUUAGACCUUGAUGCUUUGCAGUCACCAUUUACCAGUUUUGAUAUGUAGCAUUCGUUUCUGAUUUCCUAUUUUUUCUAUGGGAAAGAGAGAACUGAGUACACAUAUAUUGUUCUUUAUGAGCUAGACAUAACAAUUCUUUACUCAUCAUAAUUGUUUUUAAGAUGUUAUAUAUUUAUUAAAAUUUGACACAUUAAUAA